AUGAUGACGCCCAGCCCUUCGGCGGAUUUGGGUCGUAUCGUGUUGAAUGACCCCCGUCGGAGUGGCGAGGGCCGCCCCAUCAAGCUGAGCCCGCAUGCACGUUCAGGAAACGAGGCCUUCUCGACGUCAUUCGGUGCGGCGGGUGAGGCGCUGACGACGAGAGCGGCGUCAGAGGCCGACGUGAAGACGCGCAGGAGCCCAGACGCGCCAAUGAGCUAUACGAUGCCGACUGGAUCGGCCGGGUCUAUGGAGGCCGCUGCGAGAGAGUUUGGUAUGGGUCAGAACCACGCCCGGAACAGCUCCGAGGACUCGAUUCCCCCGAUGCUGCAUCCGUCUGGCUCGCCAUCUUCGACAGCCACCGACGAUGCGGACAUGAAGGAUUCUUCAGCAGGCUCGCAUGGCCAGCACCCGAUCAUCCACAAGUGCGAGAGCUGCGCCAAGGUCUACCGCCACCCCAGCUGUCUGAUCAAGCACCGCUGGGAGCAUACCAUGUACUGGAAGGAGGCAUCCAAGUUCCUGAUGAGCAAGCACCAGCAGGUGCAGCUCCUGGAGGCGGCCGCCAUCCUCGUCGGCAUGGACUCGAGCGCGCGUUCUCUGCCGGAAGAAAAGGCGCUGUGGCCGGCAGCAGUGAGUCCGCCGUCGUCGGGCUUGCUGGGCUGUGAGCACGUCAACUUUGAUACACUUAUGGCGAACAAGUCACGCCAUUCGUCUAUGACCCACGACUCGGCACGUAUGCCAUAUGGCACAUCGGCGCCCCCGGCGCAGGCGCUCCCUGAUAUGCAUCUGCGCGCCCCUAAAAUGGAGCCUCUCGCCAGCUCUCCCCACAUGCGUCCCCACUACUCACACCACGAAGCACAAGAUGUAUCCGAAGAUCAUGAAGAAACGAGCGAACUGGAUAUGGCGACUCGAGAAGACGGCUAUGGGCUCCAUUCGGGCGGCGACGUGAUGGCAGAUAUGGACAUGGACGCCGAUGAGUAA